AUGCCACGCUGGGCGGAAGAGGACGAGGUCUCGAAGUGGCGGGUGAAGUACCGGCUAAACAACGAGAAAGCCGCGGAGGAUCCGGACAGUGAGUGGAUCGAGUUGGAGUUGAGGCACUUCACCCGCGAGCUGCCUUUGUCUAACCUGCCCCCAGGCGUGCAUCACUUUCGCGUGGCCAUCGAAACGCCGGAUGGAUGGUCGGACUGGAGUCCACCAGUGGAAUGCGAGCCUCCGCCGCCUCAGCGGAAGCUCGACGACGACGACGGCCAAUCCGCCCCUGCGGAGGAUCCUACGGGGCGGCCUCCCUUGGUCUUCCACCUGGACGCCACCUGCGGACGCGCGCGCGCCAGCACCGUGACGCUGCCGCAUGGCGACGUGCUCACGCCGGUCUUCAUGCCGGUGGGAACGCAGGGGACCAUCAAAGGCAUGUCGUCAGAAGACAUGAAGACCCUGGGCUGCCGGAUUUUGCUCGGAAACACCUUUCAUUUGGCCAACCGACCGACGUGUGAGCUCUUGCGGACAUGCGGCGGCUUGCACAAGCUGAUGCAGUGGGAUGGGAACAUCUUGACCGACAGCGGUGGCUUUCAGAUGGUCUCCUUGCUGAAACUGGCAGUGAUUACCGAGGCGGGUGUGGAAUUCGAAGAUCCCAAGAGCCCCGGUAGCCGGAUGCUGCUGACGCCGGAGAAGUCCAUCGAGUCGCAGAACGACAUCGGUGCAGACAUCAUGAUGGCCCUUGAUGACGUGGUGUCCUCGACCCUGGACCCCGUGAAGGACGCCGCGCGGAUCCGCGAAGCCACGGAUCGCACCCUCCGCUGGAUCGAUCGCUGCAUCGGGGCGCAUCGGAACCCGCAGCGGCAGAAUCUCUUCGGCAUCGUGCAAGGGCACCUGGACACCUCUCCAAACGGGUUGAGAGAAUAUUCUCUGAAGGAGAUGAUCAAGCGGAAGCUGCCGGGCUACGCGAUUGGCGGCUUGAGCGGUGGCGAGGCCAAAGAUGAGUUCUGGAAGGUGGUGGAGCAGUGCACCCGCCCUGGCAGUGGGCUUCCCGAGGACAAGCCUCGGUACUUGAUGGGCGUCGGCUAUCCUUUGGACAUUGUCAUUUGCGUGGCCCUAGGGGUCGACAUGUUCGAUUGUGUCUACCCUUGUCGCACCGCCCGCUUCGGCACCGCCCUGGUGCGCAGUGGACAGCUCCGGCUGACCAGCGCGGAGUUCGCGCAGGACUUCCGGCCGCUGGAGGUCAAUGGGAAAGGCCCGUUGAAGGAGUACACUCGGGCGAUGCUCCACACGAUUGUCACCAAGGAGCCUGUGGCGGCGCAGCUCAUCACUUGGCACAACCUAUGGUUCAUGCUAAACCUGUUGACGGAGAUGCGAGAGGCCAUCAAAGCGCAGACCUUCUCAGACUGGGUGCGGCAGUUUCUCAAGGACUUCUUCCCGACGGCCACACCGGCGCCCUGCGCGGUGUGCCCACCACGCUGGGUCAAGGCGGCCUUGGAGGUGUGCGGCAUCGGCUUGGAGGACCUCUUCGAUUGGAGUGAGACUGCUAAGGAGCUGCCUGACAUGCCAAAGGAUUCAGGGAAGAGCUCCAAGGCAGUGCCCUCGAAGUUGGCAUCGCUGCUUUGCGAGGUCCUGGGCGUGGACGCGGUGAAGGUCCGCUGGUCGCCACCCCUGGACACGGCCACGGCGCGGGCGAUCGUCGCGCGCGAUCGUCGCGUGCGUCGGGGCGGGGGUGAAGGUUCCGAGUCAGUUCAACGAACUUCAGCCUUCUUACAGCAGGCCGUGUGCGAACGUGCUCCCCACCAGUGGACGCAGAUGAACGAUCCGGUGAUGGGUGGCCAAUCCUCGGGCAACUUCACCGUGGCGGAUGGGGUGGGCGUCCUCCUGGGGCAGGUAGCCGAUGUGCCAUACCUGAAAGCGCCUGGCUUCAUUCAGGCCUACGUCACCGAUGUGAGCCCCUUCGAGAUCUUCCCAGACAUUACCGGCUGCAAGAGCUUAAGCCUUGAGGUGAAGUCCAUGGUGGACUACAAGGGCUAUCGCUUCUCUUUUGGGAGCUACAAGUCCAAUUUCGAUGCUGGGAAGGUGGCCGAGUGGAACACUGUGACGCUGCCCAUUGAGGGCUUCACAGAUUUCUGGGAUGAUGCGACUGGAGAGGCCAUCAAGACCUGCCAGGAGUGGCAUCCACCAAGAGCGAUCCGGAGUGAGAACAAGAUCUACUGCCCAGAUGCCACGACUUUGAAGGACGGGAAGUUCUCAAUCUUUGCGCAUGACAUGAGAACCAUGGCUUUCUGGGCAGAAGGCCUGAAAGGCCAAGUCCACUUGCAGAUCAAAUCUGUCAAGGCCACCGACUGCACGAAUCUCACGAAGCUCUCAGGUGAGCCCAAGUCCGAGAUUUUGGUGGAGGAGGCCACCGACUUCUACGUGGUCACCGGUCUAGUGAGUCUCACUGACGCUUGGGCAGACCGGUGCUGGAGCGAAUGGUCGGAGCCCAGCACGAAGCAGACGGAGCCGCCGGUGCCGAAGACCUUGAACCAGCCCACGCUGCGCCGCUCCACGCAUCACUCCGCAGUCAUUCAGUGGCAACAUCCGCCUUUCACUGACGUGCCGGUGGAUUCCUUCUCCUUCCGACACACCACGUCAGCGGAUUGGAGCGGAGAGGUGGUAGAGAUCACCGAUGUGUCGCCCAGCCUCUCGCAGUACGUCAUCACCGGCCUCCGGCCUGGGCAGGUCUACAUUUUUCAGGUUCGGGCUGUGAAUCGCUAUGGGAAGGGUAUUUGGAGCGAGGGCAGCAUCCCGAUCCGCACUACUGAUGGGAGCAUCCCUGCCAAGAUCGAGACCCUGAAGGCUUCGGAUAUCUACCAAUCCUUCAUCCGAUUGAAGUGGGCCCCCGUGGACGAGAAUGGCUACCCGAUCACUGGAUACCUGCUGCGCUACGCACACGAGGAGGACAUGGCAGAAGCCACUGAAGCAGUGAAGCGACCGAUGAGUGCAGGCCGAUUCGGGUGGUGCGAAGGCGUAGGCUGGCGAGCAAUACGGCAGUAUUGCGACCCCAUGUGCAGGAUUGAUUUCGGCACUGGGGAAUCGACCACGGAGUCCACGGUGUCGUCCGAGGAGGUGAAAGGUGAGGCGAUCUCCAGUGACCACGGCAGUUGCCACACCGCAAGCGACACGAGUGGCUCUGUCUCGGUCGCUCCGACCAGUACCAUGCCCACAGGCAAGGGAAAGAUGGAGCGGGCCCGGGCGAAGCUUGCACGGCGUAAGAAGAAGGAUAAGAAGAAGAGCUGCAAGGGGCAAUGCGUUGACACGACCACACAGUGCUGGCUUUGCCAGAAGAAGAUCAACGAAGAGCUCAUUGCAGGGAGCCAGCAGAGCCGAGCAGCGCUGGAAGGUGUGAUUGAGCGGCAGUUACCACGCAUGAACGGCGUGAACUUGGCCACAGCCUUUCACCGCUUUGUGCGGAGUGGUGACCGCUCCCAUGGGCAUGGCGACAGUGGGAUCUUCACUACCAUGCUGCAGCACGUUCAGGAGCAAGCUGAGAUGGAAUUCCAACUUGGCGAUGGGCGCAUGCCCUCGAAUUGCUGUACCCUCAUCGCCUGGUCUUGUGCAUGCUACGGCCAGUUUGACCGUGAGAGCUUCGUGCUGCUAUCGCGCCUUGCGGCCAGGGACCUGUCAGCAUGCCAGGACUAUGAGGUCACGAACUUGCUUUGGGCAUGGUCGCAGCUUUACAAGAGUCAGUCACCCAUCAUUUCCAGCUUGGAGGGUGACUUGGAGUUGUUCUUGGACACCUUGGCAGCACACGUCGCAGUACGAGGACCACUCAAGCCGCAGCUUCUCAUUUCAGCCUUGACCUCUCUUGCGAAUUUGCCGGGGAAGUCUCCUUCCGAAGGGUGGCUCUUCAGUACGGUCGGCAAGGAGGUGAUCAAGAGUUGGGAGCAGUUGACCGUGCAGGGCCGACAGCAGGCCGCUGCCGCAUUCAAAUUCACCCGCCUCAGAGACCGGCAGUUCUUCGCAGACUUGGCAGUGCCCUUGAUCCGGAAGUGCCCCGGCUUGGCGCAGAUGCUGGGAACGAAGGACCCACUUCAAGGUGAGAAGUGGGUCAAGACCACUGAGGUGAAUCUGAAUCAACAACCUGAGGUUCAAGAAAGGCUUGGAGAAGACCAGGGCGCGCAGCCUUGCAAGGCUUUGUUGGCUUGGGCACAAGAGUUCGCCGCGUCGGCGGCGGCGAUUGUGCGUGCGAUGGUGGGUGGAGCGGUGCUCAGUGUGGUGGCGGCGAUGGUGUUGUCGGUGCUCUCGGCGAUGUGUGUGGUGGUGGUGCAGAAGGUUGGGGCGAUGGGUGUGGAAAUGGAAAUGUGGGUUAUGAAGUAUCUGCUUGGUGGAAAGAGUGUGGGUAUGGCCAUGGAAACUGCAUCGUUGCGGGGUGAGAACAACUCGCUGUUGUCAUCGUCAGCAGCGGCCGGCAGCGGCAGCGCGUCAAAUCAGCUGCUCCGCACGGAUGUGUGA